CAUUGCAACUUGACAGAGUUCUGCCAUUUUAACUUAAAUGUGAAAAAAUUAAACAUAUUACUACAAUAGUGUUUGCAUGUGACUUUACAGAAAGACACAGAACAUCAAGUUCUGCCAUCGAUGGUAAUUUAUGACAUUUUACCACUCAAUAACCGACAAAUUCGCUUGACUUACGAUGUUGAAGUCACUGCCCAAAUGUCACUCUACGACAGAAACAAUCUUCUUUGAAAGAAAGUCUUCUUAUAGAGACAAAGACCACCACUAUAUUAACUUGCCUCUCGUACACGAUAUCUUCCAAAGAGACCACCACUAUAUUAACUUGCCUUUCGUACACGAUAACUUUCCAAAGAGAAACAACAAAGCAAAACUGGAACCUGUUCUUUUUCACUUAGUAGCUAUGGUGGUUCUACUGAACUCACGUCCUUGUUUUGUUGUUCUUAUUCUUCUUGCAGCAUUCUCUUGCUUCUCUCCGAGACUAUGUUUCGGCGAAGACAGAAUCACGUUCUCAACUCCGAUCAAAGACUCAGAGUCAAAGACACUUCUCUCCAAAAGUGGUGUGUUCAGGUUUGGUUUCUUCACUCCUGUAAACUCAACUGGUCGGUUACGUUACGUUGGGAUUUGGUACGACAAGAUUCCAGUUCAAACUGUGGUUUGGGUCGCCAACAGGGAGGCUCCCAUCAACGACACUUCCGGUGUUGUUUCCAUCUCUGACGACGGAAACCUCGUGGUCACGGAUGGUCGAAACAGCCUUCUAUGGUCCACCAACGUCACAGUACCAGUAGCUCCAAAUGAAACUUGGGUUCAGCUAAUGGAAAAUGGGAAUCUUAGGUUACAAGACAACAGAAACAACGGUGAGAUUCUGUGGGAGAGUUUCAAGCAUCCCUAUAGUUCUAUGUUGCCAAGAAUGAGUCUUGGGAUUAACAAUGGAACCGGAGAGAAUACAGGGCUUACUUCUUGGAGAAGCUAUACAGAUCCUUCAACAGGGAACUAUACAGUUGGCCUUGUCGCUUUCCCGUUUCCCGAGCUUCUAAUCUGGAAGAACAAGGUUCCACAGUGGCGUAGCGGUCCCUGGAACGGUCAGGUUUUCAUCGGUUUACCGGAUAUGGAUUCCCUUCUGAACAUUGAUGGGUUUAACCUCAAUAAUGAUAACCAAGGAACGGUUUUACUGACCUUUGCUAAUGACUCUUUCUUGUAUCACUUCAACUUGGAUCCUAAUGGAGCUAUAUACCAGAGAGAUUGGAGUACUUCUAUGAAUGAUUGGAGAGUUGGUGUCAGGUUCCCAUCUACAGAUUGUGAUGAAUACAAUAGAUGUGGUCCAUAUGGGAGCUGCAAUUACCGGGAAGACCCACAGUGUAAAUGCAUAAAAGGGUUUGUGCCUAGGAACAACACUGAGUGGAGUUUAGGAAACUGGAUUAGUGGAUGUGUGAGAAGAGCUCCACUACGGUGCGAAAGAGUCAAGAAUGGAAGUAGUAAUGGAGGAAAAGAAGAUUGGUUUUUGAAAGUGCAGAAGAUGAAAGUACCAGUGAAUGUGCAACCAUCUUUAGCUAAUGCGCAAGCUUGUCCUAAGGUUUGUUUAGAUAACUGUUCUUGCACAGCUUAUGCAUAUGAUCAAGGCAUUGGAUGCAUGCUUUGGAGUGGUAACUUAGUUGAUAUGCAAUCUUUCUUGGGAAGUGGCAUUGAUCUUUAUAUUCGGCUUUCGCAUUCUGAACUCAAAGCACACAGCAAGAGAGCAGUAAUGAUCACAGCACUUGUGCUAGGCAUUGUGUUUGUUUCUGCGGUCUGUGUUCUUUUAGCAUGCCUGAAACUCAAAAAGCGUCCAGGAGAACCAAAGAAAGAUAGAAGUGUAGAGCAGUUGUUAAAGAGAAUGGAAGAAGUUAACAGUGGUGAUGAGGCUGCUUCUAACCAAGUUAAGCUAGAGGAGCUUCCGCUCUUUGAGUUCCAAGUGUUAGCUACAGCAACUGAUGACUUCUCUCUCAGAAGCAAGCUCGGACAAGGCGGAUUUGGUCCUGUUUACAAGGGAAAGUUACCUGAAGGGCAAGAAAUAGCAGUGAAGAGGCUCUCAAGGGCAUCAGGACAAGGACUUGAGGAGCUUAUGAACGAAGUGGUUGUGAUCUCCAAGUUGCAACAUAGGAAUCUGGUGAAGUUACUUGGCUGUUGCAUUGAAGGUGAAGAAAGGUUGCUAGUCUACGAGUAUAUGCCAAACAAAAGCUUGGAUGCCUAUCUAUUUGACCCUUUGAAGCAAAAGAUUCUUGAUUGGAAGACACGGUUGAACAUAAUGGAAGGAAUAUGCAGGGGUCUUCUGUACCUUCACAGAGAUUCAAGACUAAGGAUCAUACACAGAGAUCUAAAAGCCAGCAACAUUUUGUUAGAUGACAACCUGAAUCCCAAAAUAUCUGAUUUUGGGCUUGCAAGAGUUUUCCGAGCAAAUGAAGAUGAAGCUAACACAAGAAGGGUUGUAGGAACAUACGGCUACAUGUCACCGGAAUAUGCAAUGGAAGGUUUAUUUUCAGAAAAAUCAGAUGUUUUCAGCUUGGGGGUUAUACUUUUAGAGAUCAUAAGUGGGAGAAGAAACUCUUACAAGAAAGAUAAUUAUCCAAACCUGUUAGCUUAUGUGUGGACGCUGUGGAAUGAGGGUGAGGCUGCUUCUCUAGCAGAUCCAAACGUCUUUGAUGAGUCUUUCGAGAAAGAGAUAACAAAAUGUGUUCAGAUUAGUUUGUUGUGUGUGCAAGAAGUUGCUAAUGAUAGACCGAAUGUUUCAACUGUGAUCUGGAUGCUAACAACUGAGAACAUGGACCUCCCUGAGCCGAAGCAGCCUGCGUUUAUAACAAGAAGAGAAAAGUCUGAGGGUGAAUCUUCUGACCAGAGUAGUCAAAAGGAGUCUAUCAAUGAUGUGAGCCUCACAUCUGUUACAGGGCGGUAAGAUCAUAAAUCCAAUCCGAUUAUGUACAAUUAAGUGUGUUGAUUAAAAAUGUUUGGAUUGUUAUAUGUCAAUGUCGACAUUAUGAUGUGUGUAGAAUAAAAUGUGUGGAGUGCUGUAAGUCAAUAUAGACAUUAGGAUGUGGGUUGAGUAUGUUGUAAGAAUCUAAUAAGUAUGUAUGUUUGUAUAAUAUAAGGUUUGAGAAACUCUA